AUGGCGAUGACCAUGAUGGUACUUGCCCAUCCUAAGAAGAACGUACGUCAUCUCCUUCUUCUUCUUCUCUUCUGCAUGUCCAUCAUCAUUCUCCUGCUUCUCGUCUCUGACACCAAACACUCUCUCACCAAACCAGGAACCACUUCCCGACAGAACCCUCCUUUCACUUUCCUCAUCAAAGUCCUCACCUAUAACCGUCUCCACUCUCUCUCCCGCUGUCUCAAAUCUCUCUCCGCCGCGGAGUACGGCGUUGCAGGCGACACAGGACGCAUUCACCUCCACGUCUAUGUUGAUCAUUUCUCACUUUACAGGAAUGAUACACCGGUGGAAGAUAACUUGAGGGGCACGAAAGAGAUACUGGACUUUGUGGAUAAGUUUGAGUGGAGAUAUGGGGAGAAACUGGUUCAUUACCGGACCAGUAAUGCUGGCUUGCAGGGUCAGUGGCUGGAGGCUUGGUGGCCAAGCUCAGAUCACGAGUUUGCGUUUGUUGUUGAAGAUGAUCUUGAGGUUUCUCCACUUUACUACGGGUUUCUUGAGCGCGUGAUUCGUUACUACUACUAUGAUGCUUAUAAUUUCAACCCUUCUGUCUAUGGAGCUUCGCUUCAGAGACCAUGGCUCGUUCCAGGUGAACAUGGAAAUAAACUACAAGUAGAUCCCAAAACGAAUCUUUUCUUAUACCAGUUAGUAGGAACUUGGGGACAGCUUCUCUUCCCAAAACCAUGGAAAGAGUUCAGACUAUGGUAUGACGAGCACAAAUCAAAGGACAAGAAGCCUUACCUUACUGGCAUGGUGACAGAUGAAUGGUACAGAGCGAUAGGAGAACGAAUAUGGACACCAUGGUUCAUAAAGUUUGUCCACUCACGAGGCUACUUCAACAUCUACACCAAUUUCCCAAACGAGAGUGCUUUAAGCGUCUCUCACAGGGAUGCUGGUGUUAACUAUAGAGAAACCGUUGGACCAGACUCUCAGUUACUUAACAAAAGCUUCAUCGGUUCUGAUUUUCUCAAACUCCAUCCCUCGAGGAGCCUUAAGUGGUAUGACUACUGUUUCAGUGAAGUUGUACCUGGUAGAGUUGUGAGGAGCUUGUAUGAACUUGGCACUGUUCUUCCUUCUGUGCAGAGAGAGAAAACCAUAGCUCUGGUUAGUCUAUUUGCUGCAGAGGAGAAGUUUAUCAGGAACUUACUCUGCCACUUCGAGAAGAUUAAUACUCGAAACCACGUUUUUAUAGGUUCUAGAUCAGAGCUGUUCUAUGAUCUUGCAAGAAGGGGACAUCCUGUGAUUGAUGCGGAUAUGUUUAUAGAAAGUAAAACUUCGCAUACAGACUCAGUCAAGGAGGCUUUAGGCAAUGCUUACGUUGUUAAGAAAUGCUUAGAGCUUGGAUACAGCACAUGGGUGUUUUCAAGUAAUGUGCUUUUGGUGGAUGAAGGUCUACUCCUUGACAGAAUCAGAUCAGAAUACGACUUCUAUAUCGAUGAAAGCUCUGGAGUUUUGAUUGUUCAGUCUUCACUGGCCACUCAAAAGCUAUGGAGCAAUGAGUUUAUGCCUAGCAUCGUAUCCUCAGCAACGAAGAAUCUAUCCCCAAAACAUGGUCUAGAUUUUAUUCAUCUAGUGAAAGAGCUUGUGGAGCAAAAGGGAAAUAUGAUAAAGACUGUAGAGACGAUGAGUAUUUCAGAGAAUAUCAAUGCCAAGAGCGUAAACCAAUCAAUGGGAGAAGCCAAACCGGUGGUGUAUUGGUUACCUGAGGUGGGUUCCAAUAUUAUUCAGACAAAGCUUGCGGAACUGAACUUGUGGCUCGUUGAUGAUGAUCUCUCCUGCAAGGCUGUGAUUUGUCAUAACUCAACUUUAUUAAAGUAA